AUGGACACACUAGUUGAGGAUGCUGACCAAGUGGAUAUAAACCAGAAGAAGUUCAAGAAGAAUAAUGUUGUGGCAGAGUUCACCAACCUGGAAGAGGUUGACUCAACUCCUCCAAUUAGUGAGAAUGAGAGGAACACUGCUGCUUUGGCAGCUGCAAUGAACAAUGAUGAUGAUUAUAAAAUCAAUGCUGAAGGCUCAGACUUGGACAUUGACCAAGCAUCAUUGGAUGAAAAGAAGAGUGCUGCUGCCACUGCUACAAAGAAAAGACCAGCGCCACCAAAGCCAGCAUCACCACCUGUCAAGAAGAGAGCAUCAAGGCUGAGAAAGGCAGCUGUCAGUGAUGAGUCUACGAAUGAAGAGUCUGAUGAUGAUGAUGAGAAGGAGCCAGACACAAAGAAGAAGGGUAGGGCAUCAUCAAAGAAAGAGACAGAGAGAGAGAAAGAGAAGAAGGAGAAAGAGAAGGAGAAGGCAAAGGAGAAAGAGAAGAAGGAGGCUGAGAAGAAAGAGAAAGAAAAGGAGAAGGAGAAGGAGAAGAAACAAAAGGAGAAGGAAAAGAAAGAUAAAGAGAGGAAGGAGAAGGAGGACGAAGACAAGGCAAAGGCGAAUAAGAAAACAGAUAGUACAAAGAAAACAAAUGACAAGACAAAGGAGGACAAGAAAGAGGAGAGCACAACAACAAAGAGAGCAACCAGAUCAAGGUCAAAGAAGGAGGAUGAAGUCGAAGAUGAUGUGGAUGAUGAAGUCUCUGAAGAUGAAAAGAGACCCGUGAAGAAAGAUACCAAGACAACAUCAUCAAAGUCCACAAAGAAGGAAGCAGCCACAACAACACCAAGCAAAACAAAGGAGAAGGAGAAAGAGAAAGAGAAGGAGAAGGGAAAGACCAAGGCAGAGACAAAGGCAGAGACACCAAAGUCACUUGGAAAGAGAAAGAAGAAUGAUGAUGUUGAUCAACUGUCAGAUGAGGAGGUUGAGUCACCUACAAAGAAGUCAAAGGCAGAGACAAGCAAGAAGGCAGUCACUCCAACAAAGUCGAUUGUGGAAAAAGAGAAGAAAGAUGACAAGAAAGAUGACAAGAAAGAUGACAAGAAAGAGGACAAGAAGGUUGACAGUAAGGACAAGAAGGAGAAGAAAGGAAAGGAGAAUGAGGAUAGCAAUGCAGGAUCAAAGACAAAGAAGACACCAAAGGUCAAGGCAUCUAGGGACAGUGUUAUCAAGGAGAAAGAGGAAGAGGAGAAACAUGUCGAGGACGAACAUAUGAGCGAUGAGGACGACGACAUUUGCAUCUGUCUAUCGGCAUUCUCUGACGAGCAGAGGGAAGGACUGGACCAUGUGAUCAGGAAGAUGGGUGCGACAGUCACAGACAACGAGACUGAGUGCACACAUCUGCUGCUUGGCUCCAAGGUGCGCACUUACAAACUGCUACAUGCAAUGGCCUCUGGCAAAUGGAUCCUCACACAUCAAUGGGUCAUUGACUCGGACAAGAAGAGAAUGUGGCAAGAGGAGUCAGACUAUGAAUCCAAUCACUUUGCUGGCAUCAAGGCAGCGCGCACUGCUCACGAGUCUGGCGAGACCCUAUUCAAAGACAUGUCAUUCUUUGUUUGCAAGAAGAUUGACAAGAUGUCAAUGAACAAGGAUCAGAAGACGAAGCUCAUCACAUUACUUGGUGGAAAGUUGGUUAGGGAAGUGGACAAGUGCGAUGUUUGUAUCUCAGACACCAAGGCAGAGGCAUCUGGCGCAGGUGACAAGCCAGUGGUCACUGAGAAAUGGAUAUUUGAUUCACUGGAUCAAUACAAGCUGUUGCCUCACAAGGACUACUUGGCGCAGUGA